AGAUUCUCUCUACAGAGACCUCUACAGCACACUGAGACCAGACAUGGCGCCUACAAUCACUGCAGCAAUGACCAACUCUCAAGAGCAUCUCACUCUGACUCACAAGGUAAAUUCAAGACUCAACAAAAUUUCAAUUUUCUUAAUGACCAUUUAUCUUCAUGAGUGCCAAAACAUCAUUUUCAGAACAAAUGUAUUAAUCUUGUUUCCUCUUGUUUUUUCAGCUGAGAAAGCCUCUGGUGGAGAAGCUUCGCAGAGAGCGAAUCAACAGCAGCAUUGAGCAGCUCAAGUCUCUCCUGGGUCCAGAGUUCCUCAAACAGCAGCCAGACUCCAAGCUGGAGAAAGCAGACAUCCUGGAGAUGACAGUUUGUGUCCUCAGACGACUCAAGCAGAAGAACCAAGCUCUGGACUCAGCAGCUGUCAAUCAGGGCUACUCCAGGUGUGUCCGAGAGGUGACACACUUCCUGUCCAGAGAGCAGGUCAACAUGAAGUCCCAGAUGAGAGUGCUGAACCACUUCAACAAGCUGCAGUCUUCCCCUGAGAAGAACCUGAGAGAAGCUGACUUGUGUCCUCAGAGCUCCACAGUCCAGACCAGCAUGACCAAAGAGAGGAGUCCAGUCAACAGCGCCCUCUGGAGGCCAUGGUAAACACCCGAAGACUGGACUUUUUACCAGAAACCUGAGAUGACCACAUUGGUCAAAGAUUUUUUCUGACGUCAUCAGAGUCUUAAAACGUUUUACGUUCACAUUGGACAAAAAUUUUCUUUCACGUCUUGUGAAUGUGUUUUAGAACAUUUUCUUCCUUUUUUGGGAAAAAGCACAAAGUUGUAUUCUGUGAAUACUUAAUUCCCUAUUAUUGAUUUAUCAAUAGAUUCAAAGUAUUUGGCUGAUACUGGCCUGUAUGAUCACACCUGCCUUCAUAUUCUGUAAGUUGUCUCUGUGAAGAUUGAAGCAAUGACAGAAAAUGGCAAAAUGCAGCUACGUUUAAGUAGCACUUUUUAUUUUACUUUGUAAAAGAUUAUUGGCCUGUGUUGGGUCCUGAAGGUCUUUCGUUAUGUUUUAUUGCAUCAGCAGUAAAAAUGUUAAUCUGAAAGUCAUUCCUCUCUGUGUCGGAGAGUCUGUUUACUUUGUACUGAAACAUAUUCUGUGAUGUAUAAAGAAACAAACUUUACCCUGUGUGAGUAAACCAUCUUGUAAUACAUGUUCUUACUGUGGUGUAUCACCACUAUCAAUGUCUCCAUGAUGAGACACAUUUAUUCCUGUGAAUAAAAAACGUGAACUGAAUCUGCAA